AUGGCUGAAAGUGAAACUGAAUUGGAAGAAUCUGGCAAAUUAUCCGAAAUGUCACAGCAAGAUGUUUCUGGGCCAAGUAGCAUGGAAGUGUCUGUAAUGGAAGAAUCUGGCGAAUCAUCAUCACAAAUUCAUCAUCAGCAACAUGUCGAAGAAUCAUCUUGGCCAAGUAGCAGAGAAGACUAUAGGCUGGUGGAAAUUAUUGGAAAUGGUGCAAUAUCAACCGUUUAUAGGGGUGUUUGUGUGGAGCGAAGAGAAAUAUGCGCAAUUAAACGGAUUAAUUUAGAAAACUAUGAUUUAGCACAAUUGGGGAAAGAAAUUAGGGCAUUAAAGAUAUGUCGACAUACUAAUAUUGUUAGCUAUUAUACGUCAUUUUAUGUAGGAGGCAAUAUGUGGGUGGUGAUGCGAUUGCUUGAUCGUGGAAGUCUGCGCCAAAUUAUGGAUCGUCUAAUCACGUCAAUGGGCGGCCGAAAUGCGCUAACUAGAGGUCUAUUAACUCAGCCUGUAAUUGCUACAAUACUAAAACAAAUUUUAGCUGGAUUGGAAUAUAUUCAUGAUGGCGAACUUAUUCACGGCGAUGUUAAGACUUCAAAUAUAUUGAUAUCAUCAGAAGGAAAUGUUCAACUUGCUGAUUUUGGUCCUUCAGUUUGGGUAGAAUCUGAAGAGAGGACAAGGAAAAGUAUGCCAGGAACAGCAUGUUAUAUGGCACCUGAAAUAGCUGUUUUACAAAUGGAUGAUUUGAAAAAGGGUGCUUAUACAUGUAAUGCUGAUAUUUGGAGUUUAGGUAUAACAGCAUUGGAAAUGGUAACCGGAUAUCCACCAUAUUAUAAUAAAGUAGCUAGUAUGACAUUAAAAUGGAUCCAACAAAAUGAUCCACCAAGCUUGGAAACAUAUCAAACCCGUGAUUAUCACGAAUAUGGAAAAAAAUAUCGUCAUUUUCUUUCAACAUGUUUAAGGAAAAAUGCAAAGCUACGAUGGCAAGCAAGACGAUUAAUCCUUCAUCCGUUUAUCACUAGUUUAGCUCAAAAUAGUGAAUACCUUACGCAUACGCUGCUUGAAUCCCUUCCACCUGUCGCAACACCAGGUGAUGAACAAAGCUCAAGCAGACAACUCCCACCAAUUAUUGAUGUUAACGAAAAUGUGGAAGAUCUGCCACCCAAUGUCGUAUGGGAUUAUGAUAUUGAAGUAGAAGAGGAACAAAGAAUCAAUCGGAUCAGCAAAAAGCCUGCUUAUACACCAACAAGAAUUCCGCCAAGCGCAGAAUUAUCGAUGUCUGUGAGUGUCACACAAUAUGAAGAGAAGGAAGCUGAAUCCGAAACGAUUAUAACGGAGGCAGAAUUACUUCAUAGUUGUCAAUAUUCGAUCGAAGAGCAAGUUUUCCAACUCGUUAAAGACCGAAAACUGGAAACCAAAUACAUGGUAAUAGUUAUGGCGAACCUAUGUAAAGUUGUUACUGCUGCACAACGUCAAGAUCUCGAAGGCAAAUCUUUCGCGUUUGUUAUUGAAAAGCGCAAACAAUUUGUAACCGUUCUUGAAAUUUGCAUUAGUGCUUGGUGUUACACUACAGAUCAUCGGCAUUAG